AUGUCACUACAGCUUUGGGCGGUCUGCGUGGUCAUCCUGCUAGCCUUGGUCUCGUCUGGCCUGCGGCGGCGCCGUUCGACCGUCAAAUUCCCGCCUGGUCCCCCCUCGAAGCCUGUGAUUGGGAAUAUCCUCGAUGCCUCUCCGAGGGCUGGCUGGGUUAAGUUCACGAAAUAUCGGGGCAUUUAUGGCGACCUCGUCUUCUUCCAUGGCUUGGGCAAUAAUGUGCUUGUUCUUAACUCUAUGAUGGCGAUUCAGGACCUCCUCGAGAAACGGGCGGACAUUUACUCGGAUCGCCCUGCAUUCACGGUCGUGGGCGAACUUAUGGGCCUUGAACGGAGUAUGGCUUUGCUCCCCUACAACGAAGAGUGGAGGGCUCAACGGAAGCUCGUUCACCACGCACUGAGUCCACGCGCUGUCAAGCAGUAUCAUAUCGUCCAAGAAGAUCUCGCCGCCAUUCUCGGGAAACAGAUAUUGGAUGAUCCGGAAAACUUCUUUUCCUAUGUUCGGCUGACGGCAUCGAGACUCAUUCUGUCCAUAACUUACGGACUGUCCGUAGAGCAGGCAGAAGACGAGUACAUCACACAUGCGGAGGAAACGAUGCGUAUGGUCACUGAUGCAACGUUACCUGGGGCAUACGUUUGUGACCUUAUUCCCAUUCUGAAGUAUUCGCCCUCCUGGGUUCCGUUCCAGAGGGAAGCAAAGCUAGGAAGGGAGAUGAUUGAGCACUUGGUCACCAGACCUCUUGAACAUGUCAAAACGGAAAUGCGUGCUGGUACUGCUCCGGUAUCGUUGACGCGGGAUCUCCUAAAUUCUGAAAUACAAGGCAUGAAGGAUAAGGAGCAUAGCAUCAAGUGGGGUACGGGGACUUUAUAUGGUGCUGGUGCUGAGACCACAUACACGACAACACUCGUGUGCAUCAUGUUGAUGGCCAUGCACCCGGACAAGCUGAAGAAAGCCCAGCACGAGAUAGACAACGUUGUCGGCAUUGACCGUCUGCCACUAAUAAGCGAUCGCGACGACCUCCCUUACGUUGAGGCAUUGAUCAAAGAAGUUAUGCGCUGGCACCCAGCACUACCGCUGAGUGCGCACGGGGGCAAGCCUACCCAAUGCCUAACGCUUACCGUCUGCGUCCAUCUAGGCAUAGCUCGCUGCACGGCCAGAGACGAUAUCUAUGAAGGCUACAACAUACCUAAGGGCACAAUCGUGAUUCCCAACGUCUGGGCCAUCGCAAUGGAGCAUACUGAUCAACAUGGUCCAACCGCAUUUAUCCCAGAGCGUUUCCUCGACAUCAACGACAAGAUCACAGAUCCGGCGUUGUGGGCUUUUGGCUUUGGCAGACGCGUCUGCCCCGGAAGAUUUCUCGCGGAGAAUUCGGUAUUCAUUCUGAUCUCCACCAUCCUGGCGAUGUUCGACAUCCUUCCCCCUGACGACGAGGAGCUCAAAAUUGAAUUUAGCGAGGGCCUUGUCAGCUACCCCGAACCCUUCAGGUGUCGAAUCAUUCCCCGUUCCGCACAGAAAGCGUCCCAGAUCGCGACGCGUGCGGCUCAGUCGAGCGUUUGAUUGCCAUGUACCAACGAUUCCUUCUGUAUAAUAACCACAUACGUGUAUCCAGUGGCCCAUUUUGCUAGUCACAGAAUAUACGACGUCUUGUGAACAUAUGUGAUUUGGAUUAAAUUCAGAAUCAAGU